CUCUGGUAGGAUUAUCUAAGCCUUGCCAGCCUCUCUUUCACCGGCAGCAUGGACACUGCUCUACUCCUUAAUGUGGAGGGCGUCAAGAAGACCAUUCUACAUGGGGGCACGGGGGAGCUCCCGAACUUCAUCACUGGCUCCCGAGUGACUUUUCAUUUCCGCACCAUGAAGUGCGACGAGGAGUGCACGGUGAUCGAUGACAGCAGGCAGGUGGGCCAGGCCAUGAGCAUCAUCAUCGGAAACAUGUUCAAGCUGGAGGUGUGGGAGACGCUGCUGUCAUCCAUGAGGCUUGGGGAGGUGGCUGAGUUCUGGUGUGACACCAUUCACACGGGACUCUACCCCAUGCUAUCCCGAAGCCUACGGCAGGUAGCUGAGGGCAAGGACCCCACAGACUGGCAUGUGCACACAUGCGGGCUGGCCAACAUGUUUGCGUACCACACGCUGGGUUACGAGGAUCUGGACGAACUGCAGAAGGAGCCUCAGCCACUGAUCUUUCUGAUAGAACUUCUGCAGGUGGAGGCUCCUAGCGAGUACCAGAGGGAAACAUGGAGCCUGAACAAUGAGGAGAGGAUGCAGGCUGUGCCCAUCCUUCACGGAGAAGGAAACCGACUCUUCAAGCUGGGCCGCUAUGACCAGGCCGCCACCAAAUACCAGGAGGCCAUCGCGUGCCUGAGGAACCUGCAGACCAAGGAGAAGCCCUGGGAGGUGCAAUGGUUGAAGCAAGAGAAGAUGAUCAACACCCUGAUUCUCAACUACUGCCAGUGCCUGUUGAAGAAGGAGGAGUUCUACGAGGUGCUGGAGCACACUAGCGACAUCCUGCGCCACCACCCAGGGACCGCGAAGGCUUAUUACUUGCGCGCACGUGCUCAUGCUGAGGUGUGGAACGCAGCAGAGGCCAAGGCUGACCUGGAGAAAGUUCUCGAGCUGGAGCCUUCCAUGCGCAGGGCUGUGCUCAGGGAGCUGCAGCUGCUGGAGAGCCGCCUGGCAGACCAGCAGGAGGAGGAGCGGCGGCGCUGCAGGAGCAUGCUGGGUUAGGGAGCUGGGCUG